GCAAAUAAAGAGAGGCGCUCUGACAGCGAUGCCCCCAGGUUUCAGUGAAAGGAGCACUUGCGCGCCUGAGAUAGAGUGCGAGCGAGCGAGAUAGAGUGCGAGCAAAGCGUUCCUGCGAGCCUCCAAAAACAAAGUAUUAAAUAAACGAUUGGCACUGAAAAAUCUAAACCAUGGCAUCGAAGUGUCCGAAAUGCGACAAGACAGUCUAUUUUGCCGAGAAGGUCACGUCCCUCGGGAAGGACUGGCACAAGUUCUGUCUGAAGUGCGCCCGCUGUAACAAGACGCUGACAGCAGGGGGCCACGCUGAGCACGACGGACAGCCCUACUGCCACAAGCCCUGCUAUGCUACCCUCUACGGACCAAAAGGUGUGAACAUCGGGGGGGCGGGCUCCUACAUCUACGAGGCCCCCGUCAACAGCGAGCCCGCCAGCGUCCCCGUGGAGACCGGCUCCAAACCCGAGGAGAAGAAGGCGUCCGCCCCGCCCAGGGGUCCCGUGAAAGCCGCGAGCAUCACCACCUUCUCCGGUGAACCCGCUCUGUGCCCCAGAUGCAACAAGAAAGUGUAUUUCGCGGAGAAGGUGACGUCCCUGGGGAAGGACUGGCACCGGCCCUGCCUACGCUGCGAGCGCUGCAACAAGACCCUGGCCCCGGGCAGCCAUGCCGAGCAUGAUGGACAGCCGUACUGCCACAAGCCGUGCUACGCUGUGCUCUUUGGGCCCAAAGGAGUAAACACAGGGGGGGUCGGGAGCUACAUCUACGACAAGAUGCCCAGCACCGAAACCCAGCCUUGAACCUUCGUCCACCACCACCCCCAGCCGCGCUGCCCCAAGACUCCUGUGGCCCCCAGUAUUCAGUUACUCAGACGAGCCCCUCCCCACCCAACAACCCCCCCCCCCCCCCCAACCCCCCAGGUCACCUUCUCAGGCUUCGGUAAAGAAUACAGUCCCAAGACUGCUGUGGUCCCCAGUAUUCAGUAACACAGACAAACCACUCCCCACCCCACCCCACCCCCUCUUUGCCCCAGAGUGUCUGAGAGUGCUGGCCUGUUGUCCCCACAGUACACCGGGAUACACACAUACACACACACAAAGACAAUCACACACACACACACACACACGCACACACACACACACACACACACACA